AAGUGACGUCAGGCGGAGCGGCCUGAGGCGGCGCGGCCGCGGGGAGCGGGAGCGGCGGCGGCUGAGGGGGAUCCUGAGGCAGCUCUGUGCCAGAGCCAUGGCCACGGACUGGCUGGGCAGCAUCGUGUCCAUUAACUGUGGAGAGAGCCUGGGGGUGUACCAGGGCAGAGUGUCUGCUGUGGAUCAGGUCAGCCAGACCAUCUCCCUCACACGGCCCUUCCACAACGGCGUCAAGUGCCUCGUGCCAGAAGUCACCUUCAGGGCAGGUGACAUCACCGAGCUGAAGAUCCUGGAGAUCCCGGGGCCGGGGGACAGCAGGCAAUGCGGGGACUCGCAGCAGAUGGACACGGCCGUGCCAGGGGUGGGCUGCCAGGUGGGACCCAGCCAGAACGGCACUGGCAAGGUGCUGAAGAAGCCCAUGUCCAGCAGUGCCCCCCAGAACAUCCCCAGGAGGACAGACAUGAAGAGCCAGGACAUUGUCAUCUCCCCACAGCAGCAGUGCUCCAAGAGCUACAUGGACCGACACAUGGAAUCGCUGAGCCAGUCCAAAGGCUUCCGUCGGAGGCACAAUUCCUGGUCGUCCAGCAGCCGCCACCCCAACCAGGUGACGCCGAAGAAGAGCGGCCUGAAGAACGGGCAGAUGAAGAGCAAGGACGACGAGUGCUUUGGGGACGACAUCGAUGAAAUCCCAGACACUGAUUUCGAUUUUGAGGGCAACCUGGCCCUUUUUGACAAGGCAGCUGUGUUUGAGGAGAUCGAGACUUACGAGAGGAGGAGCGGCACCCGCUCCCGAGGGACCCCCAACGAGAAACCCGCCCGCUACCGGCACGACGAGAACAUCCUGGAGUCAGAGCCCAUCGUCUACAGGAGGAUUGUGGUACCCCAGAACCCCCACAAGGAAUUCUGCACGGACUCGGGGCUGGUGGUGCCCAGCGUGUCCUACGAGCUGCACAAGAAGCUGCUGGCGGUGGCCGAGAAGCACGGGCUGACCCUGGAGAGGAGGCUGGAGAUGACAGGGGUGUGUGCCAGCCAGAUGGCCCUGAGCCUCCUGGGGGGGCCCAACAGACUGAACCCCAAGAACGUGCACCAGCGGCCCACGGUGGCGCUGCUCUGCGGGCCCCACGUGAAGGGCGCCCAGGGCAUCAGCUGCGGCCGGCACCUCUCCAACCACGACGUGCACGUCAUCCUCUUCCUCCCCAACUUCGUCAAGAUGCUGGAGUCCAUCACCAACGAGCUCAACCUCUUCAGCAAGACACAAGGCCAGCAGGUGUCCAGCGUCAAAGACCUCCCAGACACCCCGGUUGACUUAGUGAUCAACUGCCUGGAUUGUCACGAGAAUGCCUUUCUGAGAGACCAGCCUUGGUACAAAGCAGUGGUGGACUGGGCCAACCAGAACCGAGCCCCCGUGCUGAGCAUAGACCCCCCGAUCAGCGAGAUGGAGCUGGGCAUCGACGCCAAGUGGUCGCUGGCCCUGGGGCUGCCGCUGCCGCUGGGCGAGCGCGCCGGCCGCGUCUACCUCUGUGACAUUGGCAUCCCCCAGAAGGUCUUCCAGGAGGUGGGCAUCAACUACCACUCGCCCUUCGGCUGCAAGUUUGUCAUCCCCCUGCACUCCACUUAGAGCCCGUGCAGCCCCUGGCUCCCAAGGGAGAGAGGAGGAGCUCUGUGAAAGCCAAGCUGUGCGCUGGAUCCCGGCUGGUCGACUCUGGUGACGCCUUAAAAAAGGAAAAAUAAAAAAAGGAUGUGAAGUUCUGGAGGGUUUGCCUUCUGGAAGAAACGCUGUGUAUU